AUGGAUGGUCACGGUACAGAGCCGCCUGGUAAUCACGAAUCGAAUGACAUUGCGAAUCAAACCAUUGGAUCGUUUGACAAUUUGAUUGGUAGUGCAGAAGUGAGAGACAGCGACGUUUGCUUCGAUUUCUACAAUCUGGGUGAGGUAAAAUCGAAAGUGAAGAUUGAAAAGGUCAAUGAUGAGGCGAAUCAAAUUCCAAAAAGAAGCUUUGGCAAAGACGAAACGCCACAAAGCAUUCCAAAGAAGCAUCUUUCCGAGGACAAGAAUCAGAAGUCAAUCGGGUUGAAUGGGGGUGCAGCUAUAACCGGGGAAAAUAAGACAUCGAAUAGUUUCGGUGAAAAAAAGAAGACAACCAAAGGCAAGGCAAAUCGAAAGCGACACAAGUGUUCAUUUUGCGAUUAUGUCACCGACUUUACAACUGCUUUGAAGAAACACAUGCUCAAGCACACCGGCGAACGACCAUUUCCAUGCAGCGUGUGCCAGGAGCGAUUCACCCGGAAACGAAAUCUCCAAUUGCACAUGAAAGCACACGUCGAUGCAUUUCUGUUCAGCUGCUAG